AUGUCCUAAUAAGAAGAAAUUUAGCAAGUACCUCAAAUUAAGCCAUCUCCUGAUUGCAUUGAAUUCAAACUCAAUUUUUAUCAUCUUCAUGGCAUAUAAAAUUGUCCAUUCUGUAAUAAACCACAAACAUAAACCAUACCUAAAGAGCUUACUAAUGAAGACAUUGAAAAGUAUUAAAACGAAGUGCUCUAAAAAUAAAAAGAUCUAUUAGUCGACAUCGAUCCAGAAGACCCUGAUUAGAUGAUGGAUUUAUAUGAAAAAUAUAGAGGCUGUCCUUGUUGCAAAGGAUUCGUGUUGAAUUGCGAAGGUGCCAUUUGCGAACAAUUAGGUUUGUGCUAUUGCAUCUAAAAAGACUUAUAAGACCGUCAAAAUUGAUUUAAAAAAUCAAAAAUAAUAUUCAUAACUAAUCCCUUCCAA